GUCCAGCAUUUUCUUCUGUCCUAUAAAAGCAGUUUCUCUUACAGAGUCCCCACUACUAAACAAACUGUCUCUUUCCGCUCACUCCUGAACUGAUCCACUUCGGGGGCGAUCAGCUCCACCACCAUAGUCUGGUCCGGUAAAACAAAUAAAAAAGAUGGCGUCUUUGCUGGCUCAGCUCGGGUUGCCGCCGGAAAAUGGGUACAGGGCAUGGGAGGAUCAGAGCUUCAUCAAACUGCGAAAGCGCGAUCCUCACGUCACUCUGCAUUGUCACGAUUCUGUCGAAGGAGCUCUUAGAUACUGGUUUGAACGGAACAAAGUGGACUUCACGUUGGCGAACUCAGCGGUUUGGGAUGAUGAUGCCGUUAAUAGCGCUCUUGAUAGUGCUUCUUUCUGGGUCAAAGGCUUGCCUUUUGCAAAAUCCUUGUCUAGCCAUUGGAAAUUCUUUAUGGCUCAAAAUCCUAAAAAAGUCCCCAGCAACUUUUUUGAUACUGCGUUUGAGGAUUCUACAUGGGAAAGUUUGCCUGUUCCUUCCAAUUGGCAGAUGCAUGGAUAUGAUAUACCUAUUUACACAAAUAUUCUGUACCCAUUUCCACUUGAUCCACCAAAUGUUCCUUUGGAAAAUCCAACUGGCUGCUACAGGACAUAUUUCAGCAUCCCUAAUGAAUGGAAAGGGCGUAGGAUUUUGCUGCACUUUGAAGCAGUGGAUUCUGCCUUCUGUGCAUGGAUUAAUGGAGUCUUUGUGGGAUAUAGUCAGGAUAGUAGGCUCCCAGCUGAAUUUGAAAUCACGAACUACUGUAAGCCUUCUACUACUGAAGAGAAGAAUGUUUUAGCUGUUCAAGUGUUUAGAUGGAGUGAUGGAUCUUAUCUUGAGGAUCAAGAUCAUUGGUGGUUAUCUGGUAUUCAUCGUGAUGUGCUUCUUCUAGCAAAGCCACAGGUAUCUAUUGCGGAUUAUUUUUUCAACUCUAACCUGGAUGCAAAUUUCACAUGCGCUGAUCUCCAGGUUGAAGUUAAGAUAGAUGAUUCUCGACAAAAGCCUGCAGACAGCAUUCUUUCUGACCUAAUAAUUGAAGCUAAACUCUUUGAUACUUCUAUCUGGUACGACAAAGAUGGUCAUGUGGAUCUUCUCUCAUCUGAUGUUUCUGAUCUAAAGUUCAAGUGCUCGUCGUCCGAUAGACUUGGGUUUCAUGAUUUUAUACUUGAUGGAAAGCUGGAAAAGCCUAGGCUCUGGUCAGCUGAACAUCCAAAUCUCUACACUCUUGUUGUCAUCCUUAAAGAUUCCAGUGGCCAUGUUAUCGACUGUGAAUCGUGCCAAGUAGGCAUCCGGCAAAUUUCCACAGCCCAUAAACAGUUGCUUGUUAAUGGGCAUCCAGUCAUUAUAAGAGGAGUGAACAGGCAUGAGCAUCAUCCGCGUCUAGGAAAGACAAACGUUGAGUCUUGUAUGGUUAAGGAUUUAGUUCUUAUGAAGCAAAAUAAUAUGAACGCUGUCAGAAACAGCCAUUAUCCUCAACAUCCUCGUUGGUAUCAGUUGUGUGAUCUGUUUGGCAUGUACAUGAUAGAUGAAGCCAAUAUUGAGACACAUGGUUUUGUUCUCUCUAAAGAUCGGAAGCAUCCUACUCGUGAACCAAGUUGGGCUGCUGCUAUGCUGGAUCGUGUGAUUGGCAUGGUGGAGAGGGACAAAAAUCAUGCUUGCAUAAUAGCAUGGUCCUUAGGAAAUGAAGCUGGAUAUGGGCCUAAUCAUUCUGCUUCAGCUGGGUGGAUCCGAGGGAAGGAUCCUUCUCGUGUAGUACACUAUGAAGGUGGUGGAGCCAGAACUUCCUCAACAGAUAUUGUGUGCCCUAUGUACAUGCGUGUGUGGGACAUACUGAAGAUUGCUAAAGAUCCGAAUGAAACUCGUCCUUUGAUCUUGUGCGAGUACUCACAUUCAAUGGGAAACAGCAAUGGAAACAUUCUUGAAUACUGGGAAGCAAUUGAUAGUACAUUUGGUCUCCAAGGUGGUUUUAUCUGGGAUUGGGUUGAUCAGGGUUUACUAAAAGAGAAGGCUGAUGGCUGCAAACAUUGGGCGUAUGGAGGAGACUUUGGGGACAUUCCUAAUGAUUUAAACUUCUGUUUGAACGGACUUACAUGGCCAGAUCGAACUCCACAUCCUGCACUGCAUGAAGUGAAGUAUGUCUAUCAACCAAUCAAGGUUCUAUUAAAUGGGACCACACUAAAGAUAAUGAAUACUCAUUUCUAUGAAACAACAGAAGGGCUAGAAUUUAGUUGGUUCAUCCACGGAGAUGGAUGCAACCUUGGUUCCGGGACCCUUUCACUUCCCGAGAUUGGAUCCCAGAGCAGCUUUGACAUAGAGUUAUCGAAGGGCCCCUGGUACUCAGUUUGGGCUUCCUGCUGUGCUACUGAGAUUUUCUUGACAAUUUCUGCUAAGCUUUUGCAUUCAACCCGCUGGGCUGAAGUUGGGCAUAUUGUGUCUUCCACCCAAGUCCAGCUACCUGCAAAAAAAGUCCUUGCUCACCAUGCUAUCAAAGUUGAAGGUGGUACCAUUUUCAAAGAAGUUUCUGGGCAUACGAUCAGAGUCUGCUGUCAGGAUAAUUGGGAGAUAAAAUUCAAUGUCCAGAAAGGAGCUUUUGAAAGCUGGAAGGUUCAAGGAGUUUCUGUUAUGGAUAGUGGCAUACUCCCUUGCUUUUGGCGAGCACCUACAGAUAAUGACAAAGGUGGAGGCUCUGCUAGCUAUCUCUCUUUGUGGAAAGCUGCUCACCUCAACAGCCUCUCAGUUGUUACCGAGAGCUGCUCUAUAGAGCAAGAUUCUGAUAGUCUUUUGAAAAUUAAGACAGUAUACCAUGUUAUCGUGCAAGGUGAGGAGGGUUCCCUUUCUCAGUCCGAGAAAUCAAUUGUUGUAUUUGAAUGUGACGUGAUGUACUCGAUCUACUGUUCUGGGGAUGUCAUUAUGGAAUGCCAUGUAAGACCCAGUUUGAAUCUUCCACCUCUGCCACGAGUGGGAGUUGUUUUCCAUUUGGAAAGUUCUUUGGAGAGGAUUCAAUGGUAUGGACGAGGUCCCUUUGAAUGCUAUCCUGAUAGAAAAGCUGCUGCCCAUGUUGCGGUUUACAAGGAGAAUGUGGCUGACAUGCAUGUUCCCUACAUAGUUCCAGGAGAAUGUGCAGGUCGUGCUGACGUGAGAUGGGUGACAUUCCAAAACAGAGAUGGUGUUGGGAUUUAUGCUUCUGUUUAUGGCAGUUCUCCUCCAAUGCAAAUGAGUGCGAGUUAUUACACCACAUCGGAACUUGACCGUGCAACGCAUAAUGAAGACCUUGCUAGAGGAAGCAGCAUUGAGGUGCAUCUAGACCACAAGCAUAUGGGUGUGGGUGGUGAUGAUAGCUGGUCGCCUUGUGUCCACGAGAAAUAUCUGGUUCCUCCCAUACCAUACUCGUUUGCAAUCAGAUUGUCUCCAGUGACCUCUGCAGUGAAUGGACAUGAAGUUUACAAGUCUCAGUUUUAGAGCACAAUUUGUCAUUGUCAGUUUCGUUGCCUCUACUCGUGUUCCACAAACAUUCACUGGCACAAUAAUUUGUAGAUCUGCAAGAACAAACCUUGUGCUUGGACGAAAUCCAAUUUCAGUUUCUCUCGAAGAUUUUUCUG